AGCUAAUCUUAUCAGGAGGAGGUCUGAAGGAAAAGCACACGUUACAGGUGAUGAGAAAUAAGCAUGAUGAUGUCCUGGUCACUGCUGCUCCUUUUCCUGGUCAGCUUUGGUUCACCUGCACCCAGGUUGUCGGAAAAAGAUAUCUGCCUCCAAGACAACAAUAAAUUAAGACAAAGGUUAAAACACCUUCAAGACUUGCAUUACUUAUAUGAGCUGCAACUGAAGGACAUUCUGGAGAACACUUACCAUAGAACAAAAAGUGGGCUGUUCUCAGGCAACAGGAGCAUGCAACAUGAGAUGCAUUUACCCACAACCAGUGGAAAUUUGAUAGUCUAUGACCAAGAUUGCUCUGCACUGUAUAAUCGGAAGAAGGCUACAAACGGCUACUACCGGAUCAGGCCUAGAGCAGACCAAGACCCCUUCCUGGCAUACUGUGACAUGUCUGAUGGUGAGGGCUGGACCGUCAUUCAGCGGCGGAGUAAUGGCAAGGAGAAUUUCAACAGGAAAUGGGAUGAUUACAAACUGGGAUUUGGGAAAUUCCAGGGCAAGAAUGAUGAAUACUGGCUGGGCAAUGACCACAUCUAUGACCUGCUCGCUAGAGGAGAGAUCUCAUUAAAGAUUGACCUGAUGGACUGGCACGGGGAAAAACGUUAUGCAAUCUAUGAAAAUUUCCAGCUUGCAAAUGAGCAGGACAAUUACAGGUUAUGGUUUGGCACCUAUUCUGGUAACACUGGCGACGCUCUGUCUGGUGGGAGCAAUUUUGAAGAUCAGUGGUCAGCCUCUCACAGAGGGAUGCAGUUCACCACAUCUGACAAAGAUCAUGAUCGAUUCCUUGCAGGCAACUGCGCAUUAGAGAACAAGGGCGGUUGGUGGUUUAACAGGUGCCAUGCUGUAAACCUCAAUGGACGAUACUACAGAACAGGAAGGUACAAUGGAUCCCAUGACAAUGGCAUAGUUUGGUCUACGUGGCAUGGGAUGUGGUACUCGCUAAAAUACUCGGCCAUGAAAAUCAGGGCUCCAUUCUUUGUUGACAGUGAGAGUGGAGAUGGUGAGAACAGUCAGGGCAACUGA